AUGAUGGUUGGAUCCAUCGAUCGAACGUUCCUUCCAUUAAAGAUUUUUUGGAUCGCUGAGAUGAGUUUGGAAUUCCAAAGAUGGAUUCUUUCUCUGGUUUUGGUUUCAGGGUUGUUCUUAGUGGAAUCCAUCCGAUUCGAUUUGGAUUCGGGGCACACCCGAUGCAUCGCGGAUGAGAUCAAGGACAAUGCAAUGACUGUCGGAAGGUACCACGUUGUCAACCCUAAUGAAGGCCACCCGUUACCAGACACUCACAGAGUCACUGUUCGGGUGACUUCAGAAUAUGGCACAAGCUACCAUUAUUCAGACAAUGUGAGUGAUGGGCAUUUUGCAUACCAGACAGUGGAGGCAGGUGAUUACAUUGCUUGCUUUUUUGCUGCUGAUCACAAUCCUCCUGUCACCAUUACAGUUGACUUUGAUUGGAAGUCCGGCGUCACCGCUAAGGAUUGGACCAACGUCGCCAAGAAAGGUUCUGUCGACAUGAUGGAGUUGGAACUGAAGAAGAUGCUCGAUACAGUCCAAUCCAUUCACGACGAGAUGUUCUAUCUACACAACAGGGAAGAAGAGAUGCAGAGAUUGAAUAGAUCUACAAACUUCAAAAUGGCCUGGUUGAGCUUCCUGUCCCUCGUCGUUUCCCUGUCUGUCGCAGCAAUGCAGCUUUCGUAUUUGAAGUCAUUCUUUCAAAAGAAGAAGCUUAUCUAA